UGAGGGCCGAGGCCGCAGAGGGCCAGGAGGCGGGGCCUGGUGCCGCCGCAGCCGGGGCUCCCAAGGCGGCCGCCUCACUCCGACGUCGCACCCCGCGGCAUAGCGGCGGCCCGGCCUUCUCCCUCGGGGCGGUGCUGCCCCAGCCCUACCCGAUACAAGAAAGGCGGAGCGGAGCCGCCGCGGCGCGCAGACAAAAGCUGCAGCGCUUUCUUUACUUCGCGCCGAGUGGAGCCCCUUCCUGGCGGAUGAUGGUUCUCAGCGCGGCGCAGGGCGCGGGGCAGCCCGCCGUGCUGCUGCUGCUGCUGCUGCUGCUGCUCCUCUCCCUGGGCUCGCGCGCUGCGCCGGGUCCCGACGCCGAGGCGGUCCCGGAGGGAGCCACGCUGGCCUUCGUGUUCGAUGUGACCGGCUCCAUGUACGACGACCUGGUGCAAGUCAUCGAGGGGGCGUCAAAGAUCCUGGAGACGUCGCUGAAGCGACCCAAGAGGCCGCUUUAUAACUUCGCCCUGGUGCCCUUCCACGACCCAGAAAUUGGUCCAGUGACAAUAACCACCGAUCCCAAGAAAUUUCAGUUUGAACUCAGGGAGCUUUAUGUUCAGGGUGGUGGAGACUGUCCAGAGAUGAGCAUUGGAGCAAUUAAGAUUGCUCUAGAAAUCUCUCUUCCUGGUUCUUUCAUCUAUGUAUUUACUGAUGCACGAUCCAAAGACUACAGACUCACCCAUGAAGUACUUCAACUCAUUCAACAGAAGCAGUCACAGGUAGUAUUUGUGCUAACUGGAGACUGUGAUGACAGGGAUCAUAUUGGUUACAAAGUCUAUGAAGAAAUUGCCUCCACAAGCUCUGGUCAAGUUUUUCACUUAAACAAAAAGCAAGUUAAUGAGGUGUUGAAAUGGGUUGAAGAAGCAGUUCAAGCUUCCAAAAUACAUCUCUUGUCUACAGACCAUUUGACCAUGGCUGAAAAUACUUGGCAGAUCCCUUUUGAUCCAAGUCUGAAAGAGGUUACAGUGUCCUUGAGUGGUCCUUCACCAGCGAUUGAAAUUCAUGAUCCAUUAGGUAAACAGAUCACCAAAGGAUUGGGACUGAAUGAAUUGCUGAAUAUCCACAACUCUGCAAAAGUAGUAAAUAUCAAAGAUCCAGAGCCUGGAACAUGGAUGAUAAAGACAUCAAGCAGUGGAAGGCACUCUGUUCGGAUCACGGGUCUCAGCACUAUUGAAUUUCGAGCUGGGUUUUCCAAGAAGCCAACAUUAGACUUCAAGAAAACAUCCAGCAGACCAGUGAAAGGGAUUCCUACCUUUGUGCUGCUAAAUACCACAGGGAUCCUUCUUCCUGCCAGAAUAGACCGUCUUGAGCUUCUGAGUAUUUCAGGGGAACCUAUUAAGACCUUGCCUGUGAAAUACUAUCCUGACCGAAAGCCAUAUGGACUAUGGAACAUUUCUGACUUUAUUCCGCCAGAUGAAGCUUUUUUUCUUAAAAUAAUGGGCUACGACAAGGAUGGUUAUCUUUUUCAGAGAGUUUCAAGCGUUUCAUUUUCUAGUAUUACUCCUGGUGCUCCAAAAGUUACAAUGCCCAACAAGACUCCAGGAUAUUACUUACAGCCAGGGUCUGUUCCGUGCCAUGUAGAAAGUCUUAUACCUUUUACUCAACACUUUAUUAAAAAUGGAGUAAAACUAGGAGUGGAUCAGUUAUUCAAAGAAUCAUCAAGUAUGAGUUGGGAUAUCAACCAAGUCUCCUUGUCUGAUGAAGGUUUCUAUGAAUGUAUUGCAACCAGCGCUGCAGGAACUGGACGUGCGCAGACUUUUCUGGAUGUAUCAGAGCCUCCACCUCUGAUUCAGGUUCCUAACAAUGUCACAGCUAUCCUUAGGGAAGGAGCCAUCCUGACCUGCUUGGUUGUAAGCACCGUGCGUUACAAUCUUACCUGGCAGAGAAAUGGUAGGGAUGUGAGGCACCAGGAGCCCCUACGGAUGAGAGUGAUGAGCAACCUAUCUUUAGAGGUGAAAGCAGUACAGUUCACAGAUGCUGGCAAGUACGACUGCAUAGCUUCUAACAAGGAUGGCUCUACCACAGCGUCUGUCUUCCUUUCAGUACAAGAACCACCUAAGAUUGUCAUUUCACCUAAGGAUCAAACUUUUAUAGAAGGCUCUGAAGUGUCAAUCAGGUGUUCUGCAACUGGUUAUCCAAAGCCAACAUUAGUAUGGACACACAAUGAAAUGUUUAUUAUUGGUUCAAACAGGUAUAGAUUGACCCCAGAAGGCACCUUGAUCAUAAGAAAGGCAGUUCCAAAAGAUGCAGGAGUUUAUGGUUGCUUGGCAAGUAACUCAGCUGGAACAGAGAAACAGAUAUCCAUUCUUACAUAUAUUGAGGGCCCAACAGUGACUGUAGUUCAAAAUGAAAUUCUGGUUGCUCUUGGAGACACAACUAUUAUGGAGUGUAAAACAACUGGAAUCCCACAUCCUCAAGUUAAAUGGUUUAAAGGUGAUUUAGAGUUGAGGGCAUCAGCAUUUCUCAUUAUUGAUACUCAUCGGGGUCUUUUGAAGAUCCAGGAAACACAAGAGCUAGAUGCUGGUGAUUAUACCUGUGUGGCUACCAAUGAUGCAGGGAGAGCUUCUGGACAGAUAACCCUAGAUGUUGGCUCUCCCCCAAUUUUUACGCAAGAACCCAGUGAUGAAUCUGUGGAUGUUGGCUCAAAUAUCACGCUGCCAUGCUAUGUUCAGGGUUACCCAGAACCAAAGGUUAAAUGGAGGCGGCUGGAUGGUGCUUCCCUUUUCUCAAGACCACUUGCUGUUAGUUACAUCAGUCAGCUCAGAACAGGAGCACUGUCAAUUAAUAAUUUGUGGGUUAGUGAUGAAGGAACUUAUGUCUGUGAAGCUGAAAACCAGUUUGGAAGGAUUCAGUCACAGCCAGCCACAAUCACAGUAACUGGACUGGUUUCACCUCUGAUUGGAAUGAGCCCAGCCACAGCCAAUGUCAUUGAGGGGCAGCAACUCACUUUGCCAUGCAUUCUGCUUGCUGGAAACCCCAUUCCAGACCGGAAGUGGAUUAAGAACAGUAUGGUGCUGGUUCCCAACCCUUACAUUAAUGUUCGAAGUGAUGGGAGCCUGCAUCUUGAAAGAGUUCGGCUGCAGGAUGGAGGUGAUUAUACCUGCAAGGCCAGUAACGUUGCUGGGACAAACAACAAAACCACUACUGUUAAUGUGUAUGUUCUGCCCAUUAUUCAGCAUGGACAGCAGAUUUUCAGCACCAUUGAAGGAAUCCCAGUAACACUGCCAUGUAAAGCAAGUGGAGUUCCUAAGCCAUCUAUUACUUGGUCUAAGAAAGGAGAAAUAAUUCUUCCCAGCAAUGGGAAAUUUUCUGCAGGUUCUGAUGGGAGUCUCUAUGUAGUUUCGCCAGAGGGUGAAGAGACUGGGGAAUAUGUGUGUACUGCAACAAAUGCUGCUGGUUACGCUACAAGGAAAGUCCAGCUGACCGUAUAUGUGAAACCUAGAGUAUCCAGGCCUGGAGACCAGCAAGGGCAUGGACCUAUAGAGAUCUCAGUAAUUACAGGAGAAGAUAUAACUCUCCCGUGUGAAGUAAAGAGCUUGCCACCUCCCAUAAUUACCUGGGCUAAAGAGACACAGCUCAUAUCUCCAUUCUCUCUAAGACAUACUUUCCUACCCUCAGGGUCAAUGAAGAUCAGUGAGACACAAGUUUCAGACAGUGGAAUGUAUUUCUGUGUAGCCACCAAUAUUGCUGGGAAUGUGACUCAGUCAGUGAAACUAAGUGUACAUGUUCCUCCUAAGAUACAACGUGGUCCUCAAAUUAUGAAAGUCCAGGCUGGCCACAGAGUUGACAUACCCUGCAGUGCCCAGGGGAGCCCUCCGCCAACAAUCACCUGGUUUAGAGGCAGCAAUGCUGUGCCAAUAGAGAGUGGGCAGCCCACUCACAGCCUGGGUGGAGCUCUGAGCAUCAGCAACAUCCAGCUUUCCAGUGCCGGGAUCUACAGGUGCAUCGCCAGUAAUGCAGCAGGCAGUGACACCUCUGAGAUAACAAUUCAAGUUCAAGAGCCACCUACUAUAGGUGAUCUUGAUCCUCCAUACAAUAAUCCCUUUCAAGAAAGAGUGCCAAAUCAACACAUUGCAUUCCCAUGUCCAGUAAAAGGUAUUCCAAAGCCUGUCAUCAAAUGGCUACAUAAUGGAAGAGAACUGACAGGCAGAGAACCAGGAAUUUCAAUUCUGGAGAAUGAAAUGCUGCUGAUCAUAGCUUCUGUUACACCUGCUGAUAAUGGAGACUAUAUCUGUGUAGCAACCAAUGAAGCUGGAAGAAGAGAAAUAAAAUAUAACCUGAGAGUUCAUGUUCCUCCUGAAAUUAGAGAUCAAGAAAAGGUGACAAAUACAUCUAUAGUUGUUAAUCAGCCUGUAAGUCUCUUCUGUGAAGUAUUUGGAAAUCCAUUCCCAGUCAUCUCCUGGUAUAAAGGAGAUAUCCAGGUUGUGGAAAGCAAUACUCUCCAGAUUUUGCACAAUGGAAAGAUACUGAAGCUCCUUAAAGCUACUGUUCAUGAUGCUGGGCAAUACUCAUGCAAAGCCAUAAAUAUAGCAGGAAGCUCUGAGAAGCUCUUUAACCUACAUAUACUAGUUCCUCCAAGUAUAAUAGGCGCUGAUACCCCCAGUGAAAUUGCAGUCAUCCUCAACCAGGAAGUGAGUCUGGAAUGCAGAGCCAAAGGUUUUCCUUUCCCUAGCAUUCAUUGGUUCAAAGACAGCAAGCCCCUGUUCUUGGGUGAUCCCAAUGUUGACCUUGUGGAGAAAGGUCAAGUUCUGCAUAUAAAGUCUGCUCGAAGGGUUGACAAAGGUCAUUACCAGUGCAGUGCCACUAAUGAUGCUGGCAAACAAAUUAAGGAGGUCAAGCUGAUCAUCCAUGUUCCUCCUAGUAUUAAAGGAGGCAAUGUUACUACAGAGGUCUCAGCACUUCUUAACAAUCUUAUAAGUUUGGACUGUGAAACAAAGGGAAUCCCUGUUCCUACCAUUACCUGGUACAAAGAAGGGCGCCCCAUUAUUUCCAGUCCCCAAGCUUUGUAUGUGGACAGAGGGCAGUUCCUGCAAAUACCUCAUGCCCAAGUGUCAGAUUCUGCAAAGUACACCUGCCACGUGACCAAUGCUGCUGGAGCUGCUGAAAAAAUAUAUGAGGUGGAUGUCUAUGUUCCCCCAGUAAUAGAGGGUGAUGCUGAAACAGCCCAGAGCAGGCAGGUGGUUGCUGGCAAUUCACUGACUUUAGAAUGUAAAGCUGCUGGCAACCCUUCUCCUCUCCUUACCUGGUUAAAGGAUGGUGUACCUGUGAAAGCAAGUGACAGCCUCCGCAUUGUGUCUGGUGGGAAGAAGUUGGAGAUCCUCAAUGCUGUUGAGGCUGACCGGGGCCAGUAUCUGUGUGUGGCUACAAGCAUAGCUGGAGAACAAGAAAUCAAGUACAGAGUUGAAAUCCUAGUCCCACCUUUUGUGGAAGGUGGGGAUGAGUUCUUGGACUACAUUGUGGUUCUCCAUAGCCCUUUGGAGUUGGAAUGUUCGGCAACAGGGACACCUUCACCAACAAUCACGUGGUUAAAAGGUGGCCAGCCAAUUGAAGAGGAAACUCGACAUAAGAUCUUGUUAAAUGGACAAAAACUUCUCAUCUCUCAAGCUCAAGUAUCAGACACUGGCCAUUAUAAAUGUGUGGCUGUGAAUAUUGCAGGAGAACAUGAAAGGGAAUUUGUUGUUACUGUGCAUGUUCCUCCAACUAUUAAAUCAGCUGGUGCUUCUGAGAGAGCUGUUGUGCUACACAAACCUGUGACACUGCAGUGCAUAGCGAAUGGCAUUCCUAGCCCUUCCAUAACUUGGCUGAAAGAUGGUCAACCAGUAAACACAGCCAGGGGAAAUACUAGACUGGAGUCUUCAGGCCAUUUUCUGCAAGUUGCUGAGGCCCAGCGUGAAGAUGCUGGCAGAUACACUUGUGUGGCAACAAAUGCUGCAGGAGAAGCUCAACAGCAUGUUCAGCUCCAUGUGCAUGAACCGCCCAGAAUGGAGGAUGCAGGGAAAAUGUUAAAUGAAACAGUGAUUGUGAAUAAUCCAGUCCAUCUUGAAUGUAGAGCAUUGGGAAACCCUCCACCAGCUAUCACGUGGUACAAAGACGGUCGUUCACUCACCAGUGCUGCAAGUGUCACUUUUCUGAGCAAGGGUCAGGUUCUGGAGAUUGAGGGUGCUCAGAUCUCUGACACUGGUGUUUAUAAGUGUGUGGUUGUCAACACUGCAGGCACAGCUGAGUUGACCUACAGUCUUCAGGUUCAUGUCCCACCAUCAAUCUCUGACAGCAGUGACACAGUGACAGCAGUGGUCAAUAAUCUAGUGCGACUGGAGUGCGAAGCAAGAGGCAUCCCUGCACCCAUCCUGACAUGGCUAAAAGAUGGCAGUCCUGUUUCCAGCUUUAGCAAUGGACUCCAGCUUCUUUCUGGAGGCCGAGUCCUGAUGUUGACUAGUGCUCAGAUAAGUGACACAGGAAAAUACGCCUGUGUUGCAGUGAAUGCUGCAGGAGAAAGCCAAAAGGAUAUAGAUCUCAGAGUUUAUGUUCCACCAGACAUCAUGGGAGAGGAACAAAAUGUCUCUGUGCUCAUCAGCCAGGCAGUGGAGCUGCUCUGCCAGAGUAAUGCUGUUCCCCUGCCCAUGCUGACAUGGCUUAAAGAUGGAAGACCCUUGCUGAAGAAACCGGGUCUUAGCAUCUCUGAAGAUGGAAGUGUGCUGAAGAUUGAAGGAGCUCAAGUACAGGACACCGGCCGUUACACUUGUGAAGCGACAAAUGUUGCUGGGAAAACUAAAAAGAAUUAUAACGUCAAUGUCUGGGUUUCACCAAGAAUUUAUGGUUCAGAUGACAUAUCUCAGCUGACAGUAAUUGAAGGGAGACUGAUAAGCUUGACAUGCGAGUCUACUGGCAUCCCACCACCUAGUCUUACCUGGAAAAAGAGUGGCUCACCACUUGAAGCCGACCAGUCAGGAAGGGUACGGGUAUUAUCUGGAGGCAGGCAGCUGCAGAUUUCAACUGCUGAAAUUUCUGAUACUGCAUCUUACGUUUGUAUUGCUUCAAAUGUGGCUGGAAGUGCAAAGAAAGAAUACAGCUUGCAAGUGUACAUUCGCCCAACAAUACUGGAUGGUAAUGGCCACUCAUCAAAACUUGUUGCUGCCCAGGGAAGUGAACUUUCCCUGGAGUGCAAGGCUCGGGGUAUUCCAGAACCAGCAGUAACAUGGAUGAAGGAUGGCCGUCCGUUGGUCAGUGGAGAGGACAUAGCGAUACUUCAUGAUGGGCACUUUCUUCAACUGAGAAAUAUCCAGGUGUCGGACUCAGGUCGCUAUGUCUGUGUUGCUGCCAAUGUGGCAGGGCUGUCUGACAGAAAAUAUGAUUUAAGUGUUCAUGUUCCCCCAGGUAUUGCUGGUGACCUUCAGUUGCCUGAGAACAUCAGCACUGUAGAGAAGAAUCCCAUCUCUCUGGUUUGUGAAGCUUCAGGAAUUCCCCUGCCAUCAGUAAUGUGGCUCAAGAGUGGAUGGCCUGUCACUUCAAACACCUCUGUGCGAAUCCUCUCAGGAGGUAGAAUGCUUCGUUUGACACAUACGACUGCAUCAGAUGAAGGGCACUAUACAUGUGUGGUGUCCAAUGCUGCAGGAAAAGCAAAGAAGGAUUUUUACCUUUCUGUUCUAGUGCCUCCAGGGAUUGUGGAUGAAGAUAAGCAGGAAGAUGUGAAAGUGAAAGAGAAGAACAAUGUUACUUUAACAUGUGAAGUGACAGGGAAUCCUGUACCACAGAUCACCUGGGUAAAGGAUGGGCAGCUUCUAAUGGAGGACAAAGAUCACAAGUUUCUGUCCAGUGGACGUUUCCUGGAAGUCACCAAUGCUCAAGUCUCAGACACAGGAAGAUACACAUGUGUUGCAUCCAAUACAGCUGGAGAUAAGAGUAAAAGUUACAGUCUUAAUGUACUUGUGUCUCCAACCAUUGUGGGUGCAGAUAGCCAUGCAAGUGCAGAAGAGGUCACGGUUAUCCUCAACAGACCAACAUCUCUUGUUUGUGAGGCUUAUUCAUAUCCUCCAGCUACAAUAACCUGGCUGAAAGAUGGUAAUCUUUUAGAAUCAAACAGAAAUAUCCACAUUUUGCCAGGUGGUCGAACCCUGCAGAUUCUAAGUGCUCAGAAGCACAGUGCUGCAAGAUAUACCUGUAUAGCCACAAAUGAGGCUGGAGAAACCUUGAAACACUAUGAAGUGAAAGUCUACAUUCCACCCACCAUUAACAGAGGGAAUGUCCCAGAGAUGGGUCUCUCCCCUAAGGAGAUGAAGAUCAAAAUCAACCAUAGCCUCACUGUGGAGUGUGAAGUGCAUGCCGUUCCUGCUGCUGCCAUCAGCUGGUACAAGGAUGGACAGCCCCUUAAACCAAAUGAUCGUAUCAUUAUCCAAGCCAGUGGCCAUACUCUGCAGAUUACAGAGGCUCGGGUUUCAGAUACUGGACGUUACACUUGCCUGGCAUCCAAUAUUGCUGGAGAGGAUGAAGUGGAAUUUGAUAUAAAUAUACAAGUUCCUCCUAGUUUCCAAAAGCCUUAUAGAGAAUGGGAAGCUGGUAACAUGGUAGAUAGAGGAAGAGGUGGAGAAAAUAAAGAUGUGAUUGUCAACAAUUCCCUUUCGUUGUACUGUGAGGCUGAUGCAGUUCCUCCUCCAGUUCUUACAUGGUAUAAAAAUGGCUAUCCUCUGAGCUCUAGCGAUAAAGUACUGAUAUUACCAGGAGGCCAUGUAUUACAGGUUCCACGAGUGCAGGCUGAAGAUGCUGGAAGAUACAUGUGCAUGGCAGUAAAUGAAGCUGGAGAGGAUUCCAUUCACUAUGAUGUUCAUGUGCUCUUACCCCCAUCUAUCAGUGGAGCAGAUGGUGAUGUGCCUGAAGAAGUGAAUGUACUUGAGAACAGGGUCGCAGUGAUGGACUGUGUCACAAGCGGCAGUCCUUCUCCAAGUGUCACCUGGCAGAAGGAUGGCCACCUCCUAGCAGAAAAUGACAAACAUAGCUUUUCAUCCAAUGGAAGAAGAUUGCAGAUUUUGAAUUCCCAAAUAACAGAUACUGGCAGGUAUGUCUGUGUUGUGGAAAACAUUGCUGGAAGGGCCAAGAAGUAUUUUAACCUGAAUGUUCAUGUUCCUCCAAGUGUUGUUGGUGCUAAUCCUGAGAAUUUGACUGUCGUAGUGAAUAAUCUCGUCUCUCUGACUUGUGAGGCCACUGGCAUUCCACCUCCUGAUCUCAGCUGGCUCAAGAAUGGAAAAUCUGUCAGCUUUAAUACUAACACUUUUAUUGUGCCUGGUGCUCGGACUCUGCAGAUUCCCCAAGCCAAACUGUCAGAUGAUGGUGAAUAUACUUGUAUUGCAAGAAACCAGGCUGGGGAAAGUUGGAAGAAGAGCUUCUUAACUGUCCUUGUCCCCCCAAGCAUCAAAGACCAUAGUGAAACCUCAGCGACAGUGUUCAACGUGAGAGUUGGUACCCCAGUGACAUUAGAGUGUGAAGCCAGUGCUAUCCCACCGCCAGUCAUCACCUGGUACAAGAACAGGCGUAUAAUUUCAGAGUCUGCAAAUAUGGAGAUCAUAGCAGAUGGGCAAACACUGCAAAUCAAGGGGGCUGAGAUUUCUGACACUGGCCAAUACCUGUGCAAAGCCAUAAAUAUUGCAGGGAGAGAUGAUAAAAAUUUCCGUCUUAACGUUUACGUGCCACCAAAUAUAGAAGGCUCUGAAGAAGAGUUGAUCAUAGAAACAAUCAGUAAUCCUGUUGCCUUCAUGUGUGAUGCUACUGGAAUUCCUCCACCAACACUGGUCUGGCUUAAGAAUGGGAAACCACUAGAGAAUUCAGAUCAUCUUCAAGUUCACGUUCUAUCCGGUGGAAGCAAGCUUCAGAUUGCUCGCUCUCAGCUUUUAGACAGUGGGACCUACACAUGUGUGGCCUCAAAUGUAGAGGGACAAGCUCAGAAAAGUUUUGUGCUUUCCAUUCAAGUUCCUCCUAGUAUUGUUGGUUCUGAAAUGUCUAGUGAGGUUGGUGUCCUCUUGGGAGAAGGCAUCCAGCUGGUAUGCAACGCUACUGGAGAGCCAACACCUAUUGUACAGUGGCUUAAAGAUGGAAAAACAGUUGCCAGUGACGACUUAAAAAGAAUAAGUGUAGCUCCAGAUGGCAGCACAUUAAAUAUCUUCAGAGCUCUUACUUCUGAUACAGGAAAAUACACUUGUGUGGCUACCAAUCCUGCAGGAGAAGAGGAGCAAAUUUUCAGCUUGAUUGUAUAUGUUCCUCCAACAAUAACCAACAAUAAAAGUGAACCAGAGGACCUCACUGCCCUUUUGGACACCUCCAUAAAUAUUGGAUGUUCUGCUACUGGAACACCCUCUCCACAGAUAAACUGGCUAAAGAAUGGCCUUCCUCUGUCUGUCUCCUCCCGGAUCAGGCUACUGUCAGCUGGGCAAAUCCUGAGGCUUUUCCGAGUCCAAAUAUCUGAUGCUGGUGUGUACACUUGUGUAGCAUCUAGCAGAGCUGGAGUGGACAACAAGCAUUAUAACCUUCAAAUUUUUGUACCACCAAGCCUGGAUAAUGCAAGAGGAACAGAGGAAGUGACUGUAGUAAAAGGCAGUACAGCUUCACUAAAGUGUUUUACUGAUGGCACUCCUGCCCCUGCUGUCUCUUGGUUUAAAAAUGGACAUCCAUUGAACCUUGGAGCUCACCAGACUAUAAGUAACCAAGGAAUGGUUCUUCAUUUUGUAAAAGCAGAGAUUGGUGACAUAGGCAAAUACACCUGUAUAGCAUCCAAUAAAGCAGGAGAUGUCAGCAAGCACUUUUCCCUAAAAGUGUUGGAACCACCUCAAAUCAAUGGUUCAGAUCAACUGGAAGAGCUCUCUGUGAUUGUCAACAACCCCCUUGAGCUUCUUUGCAUCUCUACUGGCAUUCCAAUCCCCAAAAUCUCAUGGAUGAAGGAUGGGCGCCUGCUUCUGCAGAAUAACAACAUUCAUGUCAUAAGAGAAGGGCUUCGAAUAACUAGUGCUCAGGUUGAGGAUGCAGGACGAUACACAUGCGUGGCAUUUAGCCCAGCAGGGGAUGAUGAUAAGGAAUAUUUAGUAAGAGUGCAUGUUCCUCCUAAUAUUUCUGGUACCAGUGGCCUGCAGAACCUCACUGUAUUGCGGAACAGGCAAGUUAUACUGGAAUGCAAGUCAGAUGCUGUACCACCUCCGACAAUCUCAUGGCUUAAAAAUGGGAAACUUCUAGAGGGAACUCCUCGAAUUCGAAUCCUAUCCAGUGGGCGAUACAUGCAAAUCAAUAAUGCUGACCUCGGUGAUACAGCAAACUAUACGUGUGUGGCAAGUAAUAUUGCAGGAAAAAUGACCAGGGAGUUCAUGCUGGCAGUACAUGAGGCUCCAACAAUCCAAAGUGGCCCUCAGACUACUGUUGUCCAUUUAAACUCAUCUGCUGUUCUGGAUUGUACUGCAAAAGGAGUACCAGCCCCCAGAAUUGCAUGGAGGAAAGAUGGGGCUGUUUUUAAUGGAAACAACACAAGAUAUUCCAUAUUAGAGGAUGGAUCUCUACAAAUCCACUCAGUACAUGUUACUGACACAGGAAGAUACAUGUGUAUGGCAACUAAUGCAGCAGGCACCGAGCACAAACAAAUUGAUCUGCAAGUCCUUGUUCCUCCAAAUAUUGCUUCUGGACAUACUAAUAUUACAGUUACUGUAAAUGUGCAGACCACUCUGCCCUGUGAAGCCACUGGAACCCCCAGGCCAGUAGUUAGCUGGAAAAAGAAUGGGCAUCUGCUUAGUCUUGACCAGAACCAGAAUACUUACAGACUUCUGUCUUCAGGUUCCUUAGUAAUCAUUUCUCCAACUUUGGAUGACACUGCUGUCUAUGAAUGCUUUGUGUCAAAUGAUGCAGGAGAAGAUCAAAGAGCAGUUGAGCUCACUGUUCAAGUUCCCCCGUCCAUAGCUGAUGAAGCCACAGAUCUCUUGGUAACAAAGCUGUCUCCAGUAGUAAUUUCCUGCACUGCCUCGGGGGUUCCUGUUCCUUCAGUUCAUUGGACCAAAAAUGGCAUAAAAUUACUUCCCAGAGGAGAUGGCUACAGAAUUCUCCCUUCAGGUGCUGUUGAAAUUCCUGCUGUUCAGUUAGCACAUGCAGGUCGGUACACCUGUGUGGCACGGAACACAGCUGGUUCUGCUCAUAAGCACACAACUCUUCACGUUCAGGAACCACCCAUUAUCCAAAUUCAGCCAGGGAUGCUGGAUGUCGUUGUGAACAAUCCCGUUCUGUUACCAUGUGAAGCAGUGGGAACACCUCAACCCAUAAUAAUGUGGCAAAAGGAGGGUAUCAAUAUAAUGUCAACAGGAAACAGUUACAUGGUUCUUCCCAAUGGCAGCUUACAGAUUACAGAAUCAGCUGUUGAAGAUGCUGGCACUUACACAUGUGUUGCUCAAAAUCCAGCCGGCACUGCUCUGGGGAAAAUCAAACUGAAAGUUCAAGUCCCUCCUGUCAUCAAGUCCCACCCGAAGAAGUAUGUUGUUCCUGUUGAUCAAUCUGUCACUCUACACUGUGAUGCCAAAGGCAACCCUGGGCCAGAGAUCAGUUGGCAUAAAGAUGGCCAGCAAGUAACGGAAUCCAUGAGAAGAAGAAUCCUUAGCACUGGGGCACUGCAGAUUGUGUUUGUGCAGCCUGGUGACACGGGCCAAUACACAUGCAUAGCUGCAAACGUGGCAGGGUCCAGGAGUUCCAGCAUGGAACUUGUUGUGCAGACUCCACCCAAGAUUCACAGUAUGGAGGCACAUUACACGGUCGUGGAGGAUUCCCGUGCUGUUCUGGCCUGUGUGGCAGAUGGAAUUCCAACACCAGUAAUAAACUGGAAGAAGGACAAUACACUGUUAGCAGAGAUAGCGGGAAAAUACAAGGCUGUGCCAGGUGGAGACCUCAUUUUGGACAACGUUGUUGUGCUAACAUUGUGUAAGAUACAGCUACCCGAGCGCUUUUUCUUUCAGCCUGAAGAUUCUGGCACUUACACCUGUACUGCUAAGAAUGUUGCUGGAGAAGACACGCAUACUGUCACCCUCGUUGUUCACGUACUCCCAGCUUUUACUGAACUGCCUGGAGAUGUAACUUUGACUAAAGGAGAACAACUUAGAUUAACUUGCAGAGCAACUGGGGUACCCGUGCCCAGAAUAUCUUGGACUUUUAACAAUAACAUAAUUCCAGCACGGUAUGAUGAUGUAAGUGGACACAGUGAACUUGUUAUUGAAAGUGUAUCUAAAGAUGACUCUGGUACCUAUGCAUGCACAGCAGAAAACACAGUUGGCUCCAUCAGAGCUAUUGGUUUUGUGUAUGUCAAAGAGCCUCCGGUCUUCAGUGGGGAUUACCAUCCUAGCCAAAUUGAGCCCUUGGGUGGUAAUGCUAUGCUGAACUGUGAAGUUAGAGGGGAUCCACCUCCAACCAUCCAGUGGAGCAAAGAAGGAGUGGGCGUUCAGAUUAGCAAGAGGAUCCGACAUCUUAGCAAUGGUUCUCUUGCUAUCUAUGGCACUGUAAACGAAGAUGCUGGUGGCUACAAGUGUGUGGCAACCAACGAUGCUGGUGUGGUGGAACGCAGUCUAACGCUCACCCUUCAAAGUCCUCCAGUCAUCACCAUUGAGCCUGCAGCAACCACUGUUGAAGCUGGUGCUACAGCAAUGCUGAACUGCCAGGCCAGUGGAGAACCCCCUCCAGCCAUCAGAUGGUCUCGCCAAGGUCAUCCACUUGUGAGCAAUGACAGGGUGACUGUCUUGUCUAAUGGCUCCCUGCAUAUUAUUGCAGCACAGAAGGAAGAUACAUCUGAGUAUGAGUGUGUAGCAAGGAAUCUAAUGGGAUCUGUUCUUGCUAGAGUUCCACUGACUGUCCAGGUGCAUGGUGGAUUUUCAGAUUGGCUUGAAUGGCAACCUUGCAGUGUAACAUGUGGUCAGGGUGUUCAGGAGCGCACUCGUCGAUGCAACAACCCCCUUCCAGCAAAUGGUGGGAGGCUAUGUGAGGGGCCUGACACAGAUGUGCGCAGCUGCCACAACAAGCCAUGUCCAGUUGAUGGCAACUGGUCCGAAUGGGGGCUUUGGGAGGAGUGUUCAAAGAGCUGUGGACAAGGGAACAGGACCAGGACCAGAACCUGCAGUAACCCACCAGCCCAGCACAAUGGGAAGCCAUGCAGUGGCAGUGCUGUGGAUUUCAUCAUGUGCAAUGUUGGGUUUUGUCCAGUGGAUGGGAAGUGGGCCCCAUGGGGCAGCUGGAGCACCUGCACUGUGUCCUGUGGUGGAGGCAACAGUCAGAGAACACGCCAAUGCUCAGACCCAGCCCCACAGUUUGGAGGUCACAGAUGUGAAGGAAAUGACAUACAAGUUGAUUUUUGCAACAGUGAUCCUUGUCCCAUUCAUGGCAGCUGGGGCCCUUGGGGCAGCUGGGGAACAUGCAGCCGCUCGUGCAACGGUGGGCAGGCGAGACGGUACCGGAGCUGUGACAGCCCUCGCCCCAGCAGCGGCGGGAGGGCCUGUGCAGGGGCUGACAUGCAGAUCCAAAGGUGUGGCACUGACCUGUGCCCCGUGAAUGGAAACUGGGGAACAUGGCAGACAUGGAGCCAGUGCUCUGCUUCUUGUGGUGGAGGAGAGCAGACCCGAACACGCCUGUGCAACAAUCCUGCCCCUCUGUAUCAUGGCCAUCCUUGUCCUGGAGACUCCUCCCAGAUAUCCAGAUGUAAUAGUCAAGCAUGUCCUGGUGGGCCUCCACGUGCCCAAGGCAGCAUCAUUGGAAACAUCAACAAUAUUGAGUUUGGAAUUGCUUUCCUGAAUGCCACAGUAACAGACAGUCCAAACUCUAAAUCUAGAGUAAUACAAGCAAAGAUUACAAGCAUCCCUAGGAGCCUUGGUCCAGCACUGAGAAAGCUUGUUUCUAUUCUGAGCCCAGUCUAUUGGACAACUGCAAAAGAAAUUGGAGAAGCAAUGAACGGGUUUACGCUCACUGACGCAAUCUUCAAGAGAGAAACCCAAGUGGAAUUUGCAACUGGAGAAGUUCUGCGAAUGACUCACAUUGCCCGGGGUUUGGAUUCAGAUGGAGCCUUACUGCUGGAUGUUAUUGUGAAUGGCUAUGUUCUGGAGCUGCAGCCACUAGCUGAUAUUAACAUGAAGGAUUACACAGAAGACUACAUUCAGAACGGCCCUGGGCAGCUGUAUGCCCAUUCCACUCGCCUCUUUGCUGUGGAUGGAGUUAGUGUUCCCUACACAUGGAACCAUACUGUUACCUAUGAUCACACUAAAGGAAAAAUGCCUUUUUUGGUGGAAACGCUCCAUGCUUCCUCUAUCACAACAGAGUACAAUCCUCUAGAAGAAACUUUGGCUUUUAAAAUCCACGCUUCCAUUUCAAAAGGAGAUCAUAGCAACCAGUGUCCUGCUGGGUUUGAGUUGGACUCAUCUGGGCCUUACUGUACAGAUGAAGAUGAAUGUGCUGUGCAAAAUCCCUGUUCCCACACCUGCCACAACGCCAUGGGAACCUACCACUGUUCCUGUCCAAACGGCCUCACCAUCGCUGCAGAUGGGAGAAUGUGCCAGGAUGUUGAUGAGUGUGCACUGGGCAAGCACAGCUGCCACGCUGACCAGGACUGCGAGAACAGUGCUGGCUCGUACCGCUGCGUGCUGCGCUGCAGGACUGGCUUCCGGAGGGCGGUGGAUGGGCUCAGCUGCCAGGAUAUUAACGAGUGUCAAGAGUCAAACUCCUGUCAUCAGCAUUGCUUCAAUACCAUAGGAAGUUUCCAUUGUGGUUGUGAUCCAGGAUACCAGCUAAAGGGCAGAAAAUGCAUAGAUAUAAAUGAAUGCAGGCAGAAUGUAUGCAGGCCUGAUCAGCUUUGUAAAAACACCCGUGGUGGCUAUAAGUGCAUUGAGCUGUGUCCAAAUGGAAUGACCAAAGCAGAAAAUGGAACUUGUAUUGACAUCAAUGAGUGUCAUGAUGGAACCCAUCAGUGUCACUACAACCAGAUCUGCGAGAACAUGCAAGGGAGUUACCGCUGUGUGUGUCCAAGAGGGUAUCGGUCACAGGGAGCUGGAAGGCCUUGUGUGGACAUUAAUGAAUGUGAACAAGUGCCUAAGCCCUGUGCAUUUUGGUGCACCAACACUCCCGGCAGCUUCAAGUGUAUCUGUCCACCUGGACAACAUUUAUUAGGUGAUGGGAAAUCAUGUGCUGGAUUGGAGAGAUUGCCACAUUCUGUUGCCUAUUACAGUAUCUAUAACUAUGCUCAGUUCUCCCCUGUGAAAGACAACUAUCAACCUCAACAGUAUUACAGGCACUCCUCAAGCUUCUACAGCUCCUUCUCAGAGUAUAGGAACAGCAGAAUACCUGUCUCCAGAACUAAAAGGAACAUUAGAGAAACUUGUCCUGAAGGCUAUGAGGCAAGAAGUGACAGAUGUGUAGACAUUGACGAAUGUGAAGCCAGAGAUACAUGCCAGCAUGAGUGCAGGAACAUCUUGGGAAGUUACCAGUGUGCUUGUCCCCCUGGUUAUCGUCUUAUGCCCAACAGCAAAACCUGCCAAGACAUUGAUGAGUGCCUUGAACAGGACACUGACUGUGGACCAAGCCGGAUGUGCUUCAACAUGAGAGGGAGCUACCAGUGCAUAGAGACACCUUGCCCACCAAACUACCAGCGGGAUCCUCUUUCUGGGUUCUGUCUCAAAAACUGCCCGGACAAUGAUUUGGAGUGUGCCCUGAGUACCUAUGCCUUGGAAUAUAAAUUUGUCUCCCUCCCCUUUGGCAUAGCUGCUGGUCAGGAUUUAAUCCGGCUGGUUGCCUAUACACAAGAUCAGGUCAUGCACCCGAGGACAACUUUCUUAAUGGCAGAUGAGGAGCCAUCAAUCCCAUUUGCCCUGCGAGAUGAGAACUUGAAAGGAGUUGUGUUCACCACCAGACAGCUGCAAGAGCCAAAGACUUACCACAUGAGAGUCAGAGCCUUGUCCUACGGUGUUGAUGGAAAUAUUGAGUAUCAGACAACUUUCAUUGUCUAUAUAGCAGUGUCAGCCUAUCCAUAUUAAACACGCAAACUACUUGAGAGCAAUCACAGUAUUUUAACCACAUUCAUACAUGCUGAUGGGUAUUACCACUUCAGACGGAUCCUACUGUCUGCCUACGGUUGUAAACCAUGUAACUUGAAAAUGGUGCUAUGCUCUUUUCUUCUUCCUUCCCUGAGGCUACUCAUACAGUCCCAUUAUUCCAAUUCUGGAGGAAAAUCUGUGGCUUUGAGGACUUGCUUCUAAUUCCUGUAUUUUUUACACCGGAGCAGUCAUUUUUCACAGCUGAACAGAGUGAAUUAUGAGCUGAUGUAAGUAUAGCCAAAAGCAGUAAGCAAGGAGCAGCUUCGGUAAAAAGCAAGUGAAGAAAUGCUAACUAGAAGAUACACUAGUUUCAAGUGGCCUGCAUAUCUUAAAGGUUCCUAAAUGUGUUACAGUUUUAGAUGUAUUAGAUUUUUUUGUAUCAAAUACCUGAUAGAAUUAGGGCUGUAUAUGUAUUACGCCACGUGCUCAGAAAAACCUAAAUGCCACUAUAAUGGUGCCAGUGCUGAAACGUGGUAGUAGUGAAGUUUCUUUUUAGCUGAAGAGUCCACCAUAGAAUGUGGAACUGGUAUGUUUGUUCUCUGUGCAAUUUUAGGGAUGUGAGUGUAGUCUGGAAGAAAAAGUAAACAACGUGGCUUCUUCUAUUUUAUAAGCAGGUAUUUUAUAACUGUUUUGUUGUUUUUUAACUGACAUUCUGGUGUAGCCAUUUAUUUAGCUCAAAACCGUGUCCAUUUCACUACUCCCAAAUCACUUAAAUUUUAUUUUUUUUUUUGCCCCAAAGUUUUCUUCCAGAAGACAUAGUAAGUUUGCUUCAAUAAUGUCAAUACACUGUACACAAGUAACUUUGCCAAGAUGUAUUCUAUUUUUAUGGAAGCGUGUAUAUGUUUUUUCUACGUUUAUUUUCUAUGCAGUAUCUCAAGAAUGUUUUACAGUUAAGUUUUCAUUAAAAGUACAUUGCCAGUGUAUUGGAAAUAAUCAAAAUAAAGGUUCCCAUUGCCUUUGA